GUGGGCCAAAAGGUGGGCAACGCCAUGAGGGAGUCCGAGCGUAAGGCUGGCAAAUCGGGGAACAUGGUCAAGGACAAGGCGGACAGGGCCACGGUGGAGCAGGCGCUCGAUCCGCGCACGCGUCUCAUCCUCUUCAAGAUGCUGUCGCAGGGCGUCUUCGCCGAGAUCAACGGGUGCAUAUCCACCGGGAAGGAGGCCAACGUCUACCACGCGGUGACCGAGGACGGAACCGACCUGGCCGUCAAGGUGUACAAGACGUCCAUCCUGGUGUUCAAGGACAGGGACAGGUACGUCAGCGGGGACUGGAGGUGGAGGAACGGGUACUCUAAAAAGAACCCCCGGAAGAUGGUCCAGACGUGGGCGGAGAAGGAAAUGCGAAACCUGAUUCGUCUCCGGGAGGCCGGCCUGAGGGUGCCGGAGGUGAAGCUGCUGCGAUCGCACGUGCUCGUGAUGGGUUUCAUCGGGGACGAGGGCGUGGCGGCGCCGAGGCUGAAGGACGCGGCUGGGCUCAGCGCCGGUAAGCGGGGCGAGCUGUUCCGCCAGCUGCUGGUCGACGUGAGGCGCAUGUACCAGGACUGCAGGUUGGUGCACGCGGACUUCUCCGAGUACAACAUACUCUACCACGACGGUAACGCGCACGUCAUCGACGUGUCUCAGUCCGUCGACCUGGACCACCCGCGGUGCCUGGACUUUCUCCGUGAGGACCUCCUCCACCUCGGUCAGUUUUUUGCAAAGUCGGGCGUGGCGGUGCCCACGGUGAGGGAGAUGUUCGACUUUGUCACCGAUCCGGCCAUCACCCCGGACAACAUCGACGCGUGCCUCGAGGCUCUCAACGCCAGCGCGCUCGCGCGGGAGACCCGCCGCGGCCGCGGGGACGGCGGGGAGGGGGCAUCGGAGGUGUUCCAGCAGGCGUUCAUCCCCAAGCGUCUCGACGAGGUGGACACGUUCGAACGCGAUCAGCGGCGGCUCAGGGCUGGACAAGGUACGAGCGAGGGGGUGUACUAUCAGUCGAUCACGGGCAUGAAGGCUGAUCUGAGCGGCGUGGAGACCACGCCCAAGAUUCUGCGA